AUGCUUCCGGCGAAGGCGCAGAAAAUCGAUUUCAGCAAGCUGACGGACGAGGAGAAGGCCCAGCUCCGCAAGUAUGGACGGCUGCCGACGAACAAGAACGUGCUCACGCAGCGUGUAAAGGAGCGCAAAUACUUUGACAGCGGAGACUACGCGCUGUCCAAGGCUGGCAAGACAGAGCAGACGGUGGGCGAGAAGCACCCAUCGCCCGAGUCGAUCCCGCACCACCCGACGAUGACGGGUCCGCCG